UCACGGACUGCAAACACCAAACCCGGCUGACAUGCUGUCGAUACCAGAUCUGAUCAAGAAGAAGCGAGAUGGAGGAACGCUGAGUGAUGAAGAGGUGAAAACCUUCAUCCAGGCCAUUACAAACCAAACCAUCCAGGACUGUCAGACAGGGGCGAUGCUGAUGGCUAUCUGGCAGAAGGGGAUGGUCGUCAAGGAGACCCAGACCCUGACCAGAGAGAUGAUGUCAUCGGGGGAAGUGAUGUCAUGGCCAGAGGAGUGGGCAGGGCUAGUGGUUGACAAACAUUCGACAGGUGGAGUGGGGGAUAAAGUUAGCCUGGUGUUAGCGCCUGCACUCGCCGCCUGUGGCUGUAAGGUACCCAUGAUCAGUGGGCGGGGCUUGGCUCAUACAGGAGGAACUCUGGAUAAACUAGAGUCAAUACCAGGAUUCAACAUCCACCAAUCAGCAGAACAGAUUCAGAGGAUCCUGGGCUCAGUGGGCUGCUGUAUUGUGGGUCAGACGGAGACACUGGUUCCUGCAGACCGAGUCCUGUACGCUCUGAGGGACGCCACCAGCACCGUGGACAGCUUACCUCUCAUUACUGGUUCUAUCAUCUCUAAAAAAGGUGCCGAGUCUCUGACUGCUCUGGUCCUGGAUGUGAAGUUUGGACGAGCUGCUCUGUAUAAAGAUCUGGAAAGUGCUAAAGAACUAGCGCAGUCACUGGUGAGCGUUGGAAACGGCCUGGGCGUGCGGACAGGUGCAGUCCUCAGCUGCAUGGACGGUACGAUUGGUCGAUGUGUGGGCAACAGUCUGGAGGUGAUUGAAUCUCUGGAGACGCUGAAGGGAAAUGGACCCAGAGACCUGAUGGAGCUGGUUGCUACUCUCGGUGGUUUGCUGCUGAAGAUGACUGGGUUGGUGUCCGACCUAUCAGAAGGCAGAAAGCAGAUUUCCGAUGCUGUGAUUGGUGGAGCAGCUCUGUCCAAGUUCCAGGCCAUGAUGGAGGCUCAGGGCGUGGCCGCCGAGGCGGCUCGGUCUCUGUGCUCCACCCGCACAGAUUAUUACCGAGUCCUGAGAAAAGCUGAGCAUCAGACCGAGCUGAAGACUCCUGCAGAGGGAGUAGUCCUGGACGUGGACGGUUUGGUUUUGGCUGAAGUUCUUCAUAAACUGGGGGUGGGACGAUCGAAGGCAGGAGAACCUGUCAAUCACAGCGUGGGGGCGGAGCUGCUGGUGUCACUGGGUCAGAGGGUCGGGAAAGGUGCCUCCUGGCUGCGGCUUCACUAUGAGGAUCCAGCUCCGAGCCCAGACCAGAUGAGUAAACUGCAGAAGGCUCUGACUCUGGGAACAGACAGAGACGCACAAAUACAACAGGAACACACUCUGGUGAAGGAAGUGCUGCUGCCUCAUUAACACACGUUUUAAUACUUUCUACUCAUUAGUACAUAAAUUACUAAUAAACACAAUAAGAGACGUUUAAAAACUGUAAUUAAGGGAAUUAUUGAUGGUUCACAGAUCAGUUAUGAGCCAUUCACAGGAACGUUUGUGUUGUCAGGUUGUGAAAAUCCUUCUACCUCUGUUCGACCACUGACCAUCAGGAAAAACUUUUUUAUUUUUAUUUAUAAAGUGAUUAUUAACAUUUACAGCCGCUGAGCAGCAGUUUAACGUUACACUAACGUUUCUUACGUCCGCAUUUCAUUUACUGUGUUGUUCUCUCACUAUUUUAAUAAACGUUCAUGAAACAAAGUCAGCAGUUAAAAAAGUUAAUGAUCAGAUUAUAAAUGGAUUUUGUCCAGAUGUUGAUCCUGUGCAUGCUCUCUGCCUUCUGACCUGCUGUUCCUUCAACCGCCCCGCGAUCUCCUGUCUGUAAACUCACCUGUCUGUAAACUCACCUGUUAAAUAA